AUGGCCGAGGACUUCCACGCGCUGCUGCCACAGGCGCCCUAUGCUGGCAAAUGGGUUCCAUUGAUCACGUGUCCCAGGGUCACGGUGGACUUUGCUUGCAAAUUUGCUGGCGUUGGUCCAGAUGACGUGGCAUGCGAUCUCGGCUGUGGAUUGGGUGGUUGGUGCGUCGCAGCCGCAGAGUGUGGAGCAAGAGCAAUCGGCAUUGACAUCAAUCCAGACAACCUGAAGCAAGCACAAGCAAGCGCUGAGCACGCUGGCGUCGGAGAUCUGUGUACGUUUCGGGAGGGUGAUUUCACGUCGCCCAGCUUCUCACUGCCUGAUGAGGUGACAGUGUUGUUCGUGUACCUGCUCCCGUGGGCGCUGGAGUAUUUGGAGGGCAUAUUCUUGCAAGCUAUGCGACGUGGUUGCCGCUUAGUGUCUUUUCAAUUCCACCCUGCCAAGUUUGAGCCUGAUGAAGUGUCGCUGUUUGGUGGACUAAAGCUCUACAGGCAGCAGAACAUUGGCGACAUGCAUCAAGGUUCAGAAGCUCAAGGCCCUGAUAAGGAUUGUGAGUCCUUCUUGCACUCCAUGGACUGA